AUGGCUUCGUUCGGACCAGAAACGGCUCACAUGGAAUCCUUUGAAGCAUGGUUCCAGACGCAAGGAAUGGAACUUGAGGAAUAUUUUGAUUGUUUCCGCUAUCGCUUGGAACAGGGAGUUAGAGAGGUUGAUGAAGGCGUUUAUGCUGAACUUGAUGAGAAAUUGGAUAACGUCUUCAACCAGCUACGGACAAAGAAAGACGUUAAAUUUGACAGCCAGACAACUAUUCCGGAAAAGGAAAAGGAGCCAGAAAUCUAUAGUAAUUUUUCGAUCAACUCCUGUAAAUUUUCGAAUAAUUUUGUUGCAGAUGGUGACGGAUGCAUGUCUAUGAUUGAUGGCACUAAAAAGUUUAUGAAAAUGGUUGAUGAUAACAUGGGAAAAUUAUCUGGAAAUGGUCAUUUAAGCAUUCAUUUUACUGAGCCCAGAAUCAUUGUUGAGUCAUUAGUGGAAGCUGAUGAUUGUUCUUGUGUUCUUUUUGGAUUAGAAGCUCUUGGAGACCUUAUAUUGUUUGAGCUAGCCAUAUUUGGAGUUUAUGCGCUGUUUGUAAAACUUGAUGAAUUUGGAGUAUUGUUUGAAGACAGUAUUGUUGUUUGCUUAGAUUUUUCAUUAUUUGUGAACAUCAAUGUCCUUGCUGGUGAGGGAUUAGUUUGUUUAUUGAAGGAUGAGAUUGGGACUAGGUCUAAAGGUGAGUCAAUGAGUCUUAUAAAAGGACUAGUGUUCAAUGGGAGUAGUGUUUUCCAGAGAGCUGCUGAAUUUUAG